AUGGGCCUGUGUGACCGCCUAUCAGGGGCCCAUGGGGGAGAGCCAGAGGAGGAACGCAGUCAAGAGGACUGGGACGUAGAGAAAAGGCAGGAUGCGAGAGACAAGCGGAUAUGGAAACCCACACAUCGCUAUCAUCACAAGAUAAAGCUCCACAGACGCAGCGAUGAACCAUCGGAGGUUGAAGAAUAUGAAGACCGCAGUCAGGAAUCAUGGGAUGUUGACAAGAGGGGCUGGAGGCCUGGCAGAUUCCACCAAAGGAGGCAAAAGCGGGAUGAGGAGCUUUCGGAAGAAGCUAAGGAAGAACCUGAUGAAGAACGAAGCCAGGAGUACUGGGAUGUUGAUACUGGAAGAGAAAAGAGGGAGUGGAGGGCUGGCAGACAUCACCAAAGGAGGCACAAGCGGGAUGAGGAGCUUUCAGAAGAAGCAAAGGAAGAACCCGAGGAGGAACGAAGCCAGGAAUACUGGGAUGUUGAUACUGGAAGAGAAAAGAGGGAGUGGAGGGCUGGCAGACAUCACCAAAGGAGACACAAGCGGGAUGAGGAGCUUUCAGAAGAACCUGAGGAAGAACGCAGCCAGGAAUACUGGGACUUUGAUACCGGUAGAGAGAAGAGGACAUGGAGGCCUGGCAGGUAUUCACAAAGGAGGCACAAACGUGGUGAGGAGCUUCCAGAGGAAGCCAGGGAAGAGCCCAAUGAAGAACGCAGCCAGGAAUACUGGGAUUUUGACAAAAGAGACGAGAACGAAGAUGAAGAGAGAGAGGAAAAGGACAGAGAUGAAGCCCUAAGGUAUCUGGCCGAGAAGCGCAAUCCCUGGAUUUACAGAGGCUAUUACCACCCUGCCUGGUUUAAGAGAGACUCAGAUGAGCAUGCAACUAAGAUGGAUGAACUGACCAAACUGCUGAGCUACAAGUUAAACCAGCUGUCUAACCACUCCGAUAAAGAGGAGGUGAAAAGGAGUCCACAGCAGAGACAACUCACUCCACAGGAGGAGAAAGAGCUGGAAAAUCUGGCCGCGAUGGACAUGGAGCUGCAGAAAAUCGCAGUCAAGCUGCAUGACAAGACCGCAUAAUCCUGGAGCUUUUUACUACCAUCUGUGAAUAAUGCCAAGUUUGUCUAUUUAAUGUGAUUCAUGUUAAAAAUGGAACAAAAAUAAUGCAAGAAGGCUUGCAACGUGUUAACUGCUUCGCUCACUGUUUAUGUGAUGUAAUGUAUAACUGAACAGCAUGGGAACGGCUUGGAUGUUUAUAUGCGUUGUGUGAAAAUGAGAAAAUACCAUGAGACAAAAUAUUGUCAUGUAUUUCAGCGCUCAUUCUGUUUGCACUCAAUAAAAAAAGGAGUUAUCCUGGGA